GGAAUAGAAUGGUCGGCAGGGUUAAUGUUGCACGCCAGAUUGUAACAAAACAAAGCAAAACAAAAAUCACUUUUCAACAAAGUGAGCGCUUGUAUCUUAAUUGCGUUUCGGCAUAUUCCUACCACGAUACGAACAAGGCAAAUAUCACGGGAACAUCAUUGUUAACCAGUUACAUUCAAUCGACUGUUCGUGGCUCCCUGGUACACAUGUUAGCUGGCUGGCUAACUGCAACUUUGUUUGCCUUUGUGUCAGGCGAAGAACAUUGGCCGGUGAUGAAAAGUUAGUGAGGUACCCAGCCCCGCUAGCUAAUUUCAAUUCGCCGAUGGUUCAUGUUUGAAGUGCUUAUCCACCAGCCACUCGUCCACAUAACAUUGGCAUAAUGAAGGCGAAGAGAGUCAGUCAUUCAAAGGUCAGCGCCACAUCUCAAAAGUGGAAGGACGUGAGGGGUAAAAGAUGCAGGCCUCCCAUCGGCUCCUCUGACCUAAACUCCAGUCCUGUCGUGGUUGGGAUGAUCAAGGAGCAUCACGAUUCCAUGAAGAAGAAGCCGGUUGUCAAGAGACUGAAGAACAAGGCAAAGACUGUAUCCGGGAAAAGUGUUUCUCAGACCAAGUCCUUCACCAAUGGCGACAUGGGCCUCAGUUCCGAUGAGUUUCAGGACUGGAAGGAAUACCCCCAAUUGGUCCGAGUGAAUGGGCUAAAGACAAAAGGUGCCACAGAGGACAAGAGUGCAUGUCGACUGGAUGGGAAUUCUCUCCAUCAGUGUGCAGAGAGGGAUGAUCAGAGGAACCACGCCGUACUUGUCAUGCAGAAAGGACAGACUCUGUGUUUCCGUGGGAAAUGUUUUUUGACCUGCUUGUUUGGGCGCGUGGAAGUGAUGGGCUUCACCAUGGAAGAGGGACAGCAGUCAUAUCCGCUCUUCUCUCCCGCCUCACAUUGUCCUCUGACUAUCAGAGCCACGCAGGGCUGCGAUGACAGCCGAGACCGCGGAAGUGUGGCUACAGACGUCCUGUGCAAUUACCUUCCAUCCGCGUCACAGAAGAAGCUGCUUAAAAAGGUUGGUUCCAAAUCCUCCAUCAUCCUCCUGGAGCCCAUGGAGACCCCGUUGACACACUUCCUAUCAAGCUUCGCCAAUCUCAGUAACCUGUUUGAUCCCACUAUGGGAGAACUCAUGUCUGCCGUCCUGGACACGCCUCUGAACGGUCUAGGGAUGAUUCCUCUGAUCGACAGCGUUGAGGGCCUGAAGGUGUCGCCGACCUGCCGGGAAUCCCUGAAUGCAGUGGUCACUGCCUGCAGAGGGGACAUGGACGGUUGUGCUGUUGUCCUCGUUUAUGGAUCUAAAAACGUUGGCAAGUCCACAUACAUCCGCAUGGUGAUCAAUACUCUCCUAAAUCACACUACAAGUGUGGACUAUUUGGAAGCAGACCUCGGUCAAACUGAGUUCACCCCGGCUGGUUGCUUGUCUUUGUUGACUGUCAGAGAACCUCUGCUGGGCCCCCCUUUCACGCAUCAGCGCGACCCCGACCACAUGGUCUACUACGGCGAGUCGUCGUGCGAGUCUGACUUAAGUCGCUACCUGGAAAGCCUCAAGUCCUUGUGGCGCAGACGCUCCCCAAGCAGAGAGACGCCUAUUGUCAUCAAUACCAUGGGCUGGGUUAAAGGUUUUGGACUGCAGCUGCUAGUGGAUAUGCUCCGCUUCUUCCCGGUCUCUCACGUCAUCCAAGUGACUCACGGCGGCAGCACGGCUCAAUGCCCUGCCCUCACCCCCGACUUUCUAAGGACGGCCCACGGCUUCCAGACACACCCGCCCGCUCAGACGGCGCUGGACGAGUUCACAGAGAGUACACAAAGCCCGCCCCUCACCUACGUUCACAUGACCGUUCAGUCCGACUUCGAAGGCGUGGGCUGCCAAGGGACGGCGAAACACCAACGCACCAAUGAGCUGCGAGAACUUUCACUGCUUGCCUACCUCGGUCAGCUGCAGUCGGCUGAUCCUGGACCCAUUCGAUCUCUUCACUCUCUCACACCAUACCAGGUCCCCCACACCGAAGUGGCUUUGGGUGUGCUCCAUUUCGAAGUGGCGCCCAGUGACAUGUUCUAUGCCGUCAACUCCGGCCUGGUAGGACUCUGUUGCCUGGCGGAGAAGGUGACCAGCAAAGGAGGUCCGGUCCUGCUGUCUCGAGCCCCCAUCUGCCCUUGCGUGGGCCUGGGUGUGCUGCGAGGGAUCGACAUGACGCGAGGCCUCUACUUUGUCCUGACGUCAGUCGAUCCCGCCAUCCUGCGCAAGGUCAACUGUCUCCUUCUCGGAGCCACAUCGCUGCCCUCCUGCAUCCUGACCGCGCAGGACGGUUUCCAGGGAGAGCUGCCUUACGUGACGUCGGACUACAGCUUUGACCUGACCGGUGCUGGAAAGCUGCGAUUCUUCAAGGGCCUGCAGAGGUCAUGUCAGACGCGCUGAUGGUCCAGCGUUUGUGUAUGUGUGAGUUUUCUUUUUCCCCAACAUCAACUCUGAAAUUGACUCUUCAAGAGAGAAUUCUCUCAGAACAUUUUUUUUUUGUACCGCUGCCAUUCCGAAACUGCAACUGAAUUCCGGUGUCAUAUUAAAAGCAGGAAAAAUGUG